GAGUGUGACGUGUGCCGGGAAAUGAAGAAAUACAUAUUGAACCGACAAGAGGAAUGGAAUCAAGAACGACUGAAACUUAGAAACGAUUUCAGAAGCAAGUUUCUGGGGAACCUCCAGGUAAACAUUGGCAGCGGAAAGGAAAAACCCUUCACUAAGGCACAAAAUGAUUAUCUUCAAAAGUAUUACCGUGAAGCAGACGCCCACCUCAAAGAUAAUGAUUACGACGAACUGGUAAAGAGCCUUCAGAAGGAGGAAAUGAAGUCGACUGACAGAAAAGAUGUGGAUCUUCCCCCGAUGUACAUAGCAGUUACUACUGUUUUUCAAAAAGCAAAACAACUUUGCAGUGAUGCUCCAUCUUUGGUGGUUGCUGAUUAUGUCAUCUCUGAAACAUUCAAUCGGAACGAGAUAUUCACAACAGCCAUGAAGAAUAUGCCGGAUGAUGAGAGAAACAAACUUUUCAAAGUGAAACCGGAAUUUAUAAAAAGUGAGGAGUGCCGUGGCAUCUUUUUGUCUUACCGAGGUAAAUCGAAGGUAUUCAACAUAUUCCUCCAGGUCAAUACAUCUCGUGCAGAAGAAGAGCAGAUUAAGAUCAUUACAAGCCAUACAGGGAACCUGACAAAAAAAAAAGCAUCAUGGAUCCUUCCCAUGGCAGGAGGGUCCGGAACUGGAAAGACUAUUAUUGUGAAGGAGAUAGCGAAGCGAUUUGCAGAAGGAGAUAAAGUACUAUUAGUGAACCUAGCGGGUGGAGAGCUCACAAAGUACUUCCAAGAAGAAUUCCAUGGAAAAACGAACAUCAAGGUGAUGGAUGGAGUUCACGAGAAUAUUCCGGAGAACCUUCAAGGGAUAUAUAAUUUCCUUGAUAAAAACGGAAAGGAUAAGCAUGUUCUGUUUGACGAAGUCCCUCUCACUCUGGGAUUUGAGGGUCCCCUUGAUGAGAAGAGACUCACAAAACACUGGAAGGACAUCCUUUUCAAAAGUUUAGUGAAAAGCCUUACACUUGCAUUCCGCCCGAAUGAUGAAACUUAUACGACGGAAAUUGAUCUAAAAAAUGUCAAGAUCGCAGGUGUCGGUUUGAAGAUCUUGCAUGUUGUGAAAAGAAACACUAUACGUGUGUCCGACUUAUUCCUGGCCCUUGGCAACUACGAGCGGUGGUAUCCAAAGGAAGUUAUCGUCAUUCUGGAUCUUCUUGGGUCCAAAUGGAGGAACUACCUUCGCAUGAUGUAUUCAUGCCAAAAGAACAUCGUCAUUGCCAUGGAAUUUGAUGUUUCAAAAAUAGGAAAGUAUUUUGAGAUAUACAAGGAGACGUUGAAAGAACCAGAAAUUGUCACGGAGAUCAAGGAAAUGCUGCUGAAGAAACUUGAGAAAGGAAAGGAUAUGGAGCGCCAGAGAAGUAUGGAAGAGCUGAAUGAAGCAGAAUGGGAUCUUUAUCCCCUCAGUGAACAGAAUGAGCAUGAAGCCAAUGACGAACAUAUUCCCAUUGAA